CGAUCUCAUCUCAUCUGAAGUUCAGGCUGCUUUACCUAAAGGUCACACCAUCAGACCUUUAUCCAGUAAAGACUAUGAAAAAGGUUUUCUUCAACUCUUAACAGUGCUCACUGUUGUUGGGGACAUUUCUAAAGCGCAGUUUCUUGAGCGAUUCCAUUAUUUGAAAGCUCAUAAUCAUGAGUAUUUUACUCUUGUAAUCGUUUCUCCUGAGGAUCGAAUCAUAGGUGCUGGGACUAUAUUUAUUGAACGAAAGUUUAUUCGUAAUACCGGAUUGGUUGGACACAUAGAAGACAUUGUUGUUGAUGAAAAGCAGCAAGGAAAGAAACUUGGUCUCAGAAUUAUCCAAGCUCUUAAAUAUAUCGGUAUGAAAACUGGUUGUUACAAAGUUAUCUUGGAUUGUGAUGAAAAGAAUGUGCCUUUCUAUCAAAAAUGCGGUUUUACUCGAAAAGGAUGUGAGAUGGCAUGGUAUACCGCAGACGAUUCACCAAAAGCCAAAUUGUAA